CCUCAAUCAACUGAUCCUUAUUGUGCAAUCAGGUAAAUCAUUAUGUAACUGGGACUGGGGAUUAAAAAAUCUUGUCACAUGACAUAACAUAAGUGUCUGACUUAGUUUUACUGAGAAAAAAUAGUUCACAUUAUGUGUUUUAUGUUCCAUGGUGGUUCAGUUAACAACCAGAGAGUUUUUGUGGUGACUGAAAACACUCGCACCCAGAGUUUAAGGGUUGUUCAGGAAUCUUUCAGGGAAAGAUAUCCAGACCGCCCCCCCCCAGCUAGAAGCACAAUUUUGCGAAAUGUUAGGAAAUACCAGGAGGCAGGGACAAGCCUCAACCUAAACAAAGGGAAUUCUGGGAGACGACGAACGGGACGAUUCGAGGAAAAUGUCAAAAGAGUCCGUACUCGCCUUGUUGAGAAUCCAAGAGACACCAGUGCCAGAAGGAAUGGUAUUGGACCACAAGCAACAUUUAAUCGAAUCACAAGGCUUGACCUCAGAUGGCAUCCUUAUCAGAUGAGAGUCAGACACAAGCUUCUACCAGGGGACAUGCCCUGAAGACUGGCAUUUUGCCAAUGGUUAAUUACUAGACAAUGUCAGGCAGACAACAGAUUCCUUACCUACUUUGUAAUAGGAGAUGAAGCUGAUUUCUCCAUGGAUGGAAAGGUCGUGUCACACAAUGUGAGAGAAUAUGCUCCAAUAGGUCCCCAGAUUUCAACUAUGAUGUCAAUUUCAAUCGUCAAAAGGUGAAU